AUGUACACAGUUAGUUCGGGCUAUCAUCUUGCUUCUGAUCUUGAUGCAGUGGAUCAAAGUUCUAGUUCUCGUGUUCACUCUUCUUGGUGGAAAUUCUUUUGGUCAUUGCAACUCCCGCCGAAAGUUAAAAUUUUUGCUUGGAAAGCUGUCCAUGAUGCUCUUCCUGUUGCAAUUUUGCUGGUCAAAAGGAAAGUGAUUACUGACUCUACAUGCUCGGUCUGUAAACAAGCUUGGGAAUCGGUUGGACAUGCCCUUUUUCAUUGCCGGUAUGCUCGAGCUGUUUGGCGUAACUCGAGUCUGAGUUUUGACUGGCGUCUUGCUGCUACAAUGCAGAAAGGUGAUUAUAUUUUUCACCUUUCAUCAAUACUUUCAAAGGCUGAAAUGGAGCAACUUUUCUGUACUCUUUGGACCAUAUGGAAUGAGCGCAACCGUGUUGUUCAUGGUCAAAAAGCACGGCCAGCAUCUGGUUUAGCUUCCUUUGCUGCAACUUACCUUUUGAAUUAUCGAAAUGCUCAACAGAGGCACGGUACAGCUGCAACACCUGCUGCAACUGCACAUCAGCAGCCACACCAGACCACGGCUACAGCAGCAUCGCCUCCUAGCUUGAAUCCUCGGCCCUCUUUGCAGGCUGUUCCUGCAGCUCAGCUUUGGCGACCACCAGAUUUCAACCUUUUAAGUUGA